AUGGCCUCCCCACCCCCAACCCUAAUCUUCAACUACGACAUCUCCUGCCCCUUCGCCUACAUCGCCUCCACCCGCGUGCAGUCCCUCGCCCACCGCACAAACGCAACCCUCCUCUACCACCCCGUCCUCCUUGGCGCCAUCUACCGCGCCACCGCCGCGCCCCAGGGCGCCGGCGGCAGCGCAAGCGACGUCUUCAAUGCCACCAAAAAAACCGUAGCGGGACAAAGCAUGCAGCGCACAUUGGCUCGCUACCAAGUCCCUUACCACCCCCCGCCCCAACACCCGCGUAAAACGGUGAAUGCGCUACGUAUGCUUUAUUGCGUCCCCGAGCAGGACAAGAGGAGGGAACUCACCGAUCGUCUUUUUCGCGCGUAUUGGGUUGAAGGGAGGGAUGUCAAUGAUGAUGCUGUCUUACUGCAGAUUGCAAGUGAAGCCGGGGUGAAGGGGCUGGAUCGGACGUGCUUUAAGGAUGUGACGGCGAGAGGAGAGUUGGAGCGUGAGACGGGGUUGGCGAUUGAGAGGGGGGCGUUUGGGGUUCCUGGGUUUUGGAUUCCGGAGGCUGAAGGGGGAGACGGGAGGUUUUUUUGGGGACAGGAUCGCAUGCAUUUUGUUGAGGCGACGCUGCUUGGAUUGUCGUCGUCAUCGGGGGUGAAGGGGAAGGAAGGGGAGGAUGCGUGGACGCGGGUGGGGAAUUUGCGGGGGUUGCUUCCGAGGGUUGUUGGUGAGAAUCGAUUGCCUUUGGCGAGUAAGCCGGUGGCUAGGCUGGAGUUUUGGUUCGAUUUUUCGUCGCCGUGGGCGUUUUUGGGAUACACGCAGCUUGCGCGGUUGCAACGCACGUUUGGGCCUGGGCUGGAGAUUGUGCUGAAGCCGUUCUUGCUGGGGAUCUUGUUUCGAGAGAUUGGGGCCCCGAAUAUGCCGAUGAUGGCGAUUAGCCAGGCGAAAGCGGAGUGGUCGAGGCGCGAUCACGUGGACUGGACGAGGUGGUGGAAUGCGGUUGAUGUGCAGGAAGGACAGCAGCAGGGUGGUAGAGGGAAAGAUGGGCCCAUCAAGUUUUAUUGGGCUGAUAAGUUUCCCAUACGUACGCCGACGGUGCUUAGGGUUGGGAUUGUGGAGCCGGCGGCGACCAAGGUUCUGUACUCAGCAUGCUGGGAGCAGAAUAAAGAUGUAGCAGACGAGUCUGUACUUCAAUCGGUUCUCGAUGAAGCAGGGUUCAAUGGGGCUGACCUCAUCGCGCGCGCCAAUAGUCCUGCCACCAAGGAGAAAUUGCGGGCUCUCACGGCUGAAGCUAAGGAAUUGGGGCUUUGUGGUGCACCCACUUACCGUGUGUUGAGGCGGCAACAGAAUGGAGAGUUCAAGCCUGUAGGUGGCUUGGUAUGGGGACAAGAUGAGACUAAUGUUGUUGAGGACUUGAUUGCCGGGUGGUCGCCUGAGGAGAGUAACGGCCAGAUUGCUGAAGUAGGGAAGGUCAGAUAUGAUGAUGUACAAGGCGGGAAGGGUGUUGGCGCCAAGUUGUGA